AUGCAGGGGCCAGCGGGCGGCCGCAUAGGGAAGCAGCAGGUGCGGCCAUCCAAGCGUGUGCCCACCACGUACAUCAGCAUCGACGCGGCCACCUUCCGCCUCACGGUGCAGCACGUCACCAGCGCCAAAGCCAAGUGGCAGGUCGGCGACGAUGCCAGCAUCGAUUUCCUCCUGCCGACCUUCGACUUUGAGCACUUGCUACCGACUACCGUCAGACACUCAGACCCUGCGGCAGUCACGGCCCAAGUCGCUGUGUACGCCUUUCUGCACCCGCUGGUGGAGCAGUCGUGCUUCCCGACACUGCUGGGCUCCUCGAACGUCAUCUUUGACAAGAACUAG